AUGGGUAUUUGUGAGGUCGCAGAGGAGCUGCCGGGACUACCCGAAGAACUAGCAGAUGAACUACCAGAGGUACUCGAUGAACUACCAGAGCUACUGGAUGAACUACUAGAUGAGCUACUAGAAUUACUAGGCUUGGAAGACAUAAUAUUAAAAGGAGGUCGCUCGAAAGAGCAGGGUGCAGGUCCAAGGGAAGGACAGCUUCGCCAAAGGAACUUGGUGCCUUCUGGGAUUCAGUGGACGGCAGAACAUUCCUUGACAAAUUAUCCAGACUCCAGUCUUGCUGGGGCUAAAAACCAAAAUCAAUCCCUUCACAUAGGCUCUCAAGAAGGUGGCUCACAGUGUAGUAAAGUGUUACUGAUAAGAUAUCCUCCUCCUCUUGUCAUAGAAAAACACAUGCUUCAUGGUGCAUUGUCCCAUUUUGGAGAAAUUAAGAGGAUCAAUACGUCAACAGACAUGCAUUUUGCUUUGGUGGAAUUCAGAACAGAGGAAGAAGCUUCAUGUGCUAGAGAGUGUUUACAAGGGAAACUUUUUAAUGAUCCAAGGAUUUCAAUUGAGUUCUCCAGUAGUGAGCCUGGCCGGAGAGCACGGUUAAGUGAAUGUCCAUAUCCACCCGUUCAGACGGACAUGCUAGACCUUGACCGCCCAGUUUUAGCAUCGUUUGGACCUCAUCGUCCUGAUGUAGUCACGAGACCAAUCACCGCUCCGCGUGUUACGUUUGGACCGGUGGUUCCAGGCCCCGGUCACCAAACUCCUGCUGGAGAUCCAAAUUUGAGAAGGCUAUCAUCUGCACCUGGAAUGAUCUCUUUUUCUUCUCCAGGUUUUAGUAUUCCGGACAAACGUGUAUCUGGUGCUUGGGAUGGUUUUCAUUCUAAUGAGCUUCACAGAGAGUCUAAAAGAUCAAGAUUUGAUGCUCCUUUGUCUGCUGAGAUAAUGAAAACUGAAGGUGAGAAUUAUCUUACCACACUAAGCGUCACAACCGGUGCAGUCGGGCAUCAUAGUGAUUGCAUAUGGAGGGGCAUUGUUGCAAAGGGUGGAUUGCCUGUUUGUCGUGCUCGCUGUGUUGCUAUAGGAGAACGGAUAGAUACUCAUCUGCCUAAUGUAGUUAAUUGCUCUGGACGGAUCAGACUGGACGUGUUGAGUAAAAAAUACGCUAGUGCUAUUGGGUUCAAUCUACUUCUGUUCUUGCCUGAUGGCGAAGAGGAUUUUGCUUCAUACACGGAGUUCCUGAGCUAUCUGAUUGCCAAAGACCGGGCUGGAGUGGCAAAGUUAGAUGAUGGUACCAUGUUGUUUUUGGUCCCUCCAUCUAAUUUUCUAUCGAAGGUUCUUGAUGCUUCUGCACCCUUACGCCUGCACGGAUUAGUGCUAAAGUUUUCUGAACCAGCGUCCAACAGCAGAUCCAUGAGUGCAUUGCCAAUUCAGCCUCAGUAUGGGGACACACACAAAGAGACUUACUUGCAAACAGGAUAUAACCAUGAAAUUGUAGCUUCUAUUUGA